AGUCCACUUCAGUUCCUUUUCCACUUCGGCACCAAGCACUCGAUUUUGUGUCUGCUCCAGGGCCAAUAACUAACCCAGAAAAAAAAAAUAGAGUAACAAUUUAGAAAGCCAACGCCAAGUCAAGAUGUGUGGUGGCUGGGCCUGUGCUUCCUAUAACCUCGCUUGCUGCAAUCCUCGGCUGUCGACACUGCGAUUCACUGGACGCUGCUUCGCGCCCACUGCCUGCGGUCCCUGUGAUGACUGCUCGGCCUGCGGCGGUUGCUGCGGCGGCUGCUGUGGAUGCUAGGU